CCUACUUUUUCAAACCUGUCCUAUUUAUACUCUUCCUCUCCUUUUUGUUCCAUUGAUCAUUGAAACAACCAAAGUCUGAAUUCUAAAAAAUUGUUCAAGAACAACAACAACAACAACAAUAACAUUGUUGAGUCGCCAAAAUGUCGUGGCAAACCUAUGUGGAUGAUCAUUUGAUGGUCGACCUUGAAGGCGGUCACCUCUCCGCAGCGGCUAUUCUUGGCUUUGAUGGUAGCGUUUGGGCUCAAAGCUCCGACUUCCCUAAGUUUAAACCAGAGGAAAUUACUAAUAUCAUGAAAGAUUUUGAUGAACCUGGAUUUCUUGCUCCCACUGGACUAUUCCUUGGUGGUACAAAGUACAUGGUUAUCCAAGGAGAACCUGGCGCUGUCAUCCGUGGCAAAAAGGGGUCUGGUGGAAUAACCAUCAGGAAAACAGGCCAAGCUUUGAUUUUUGGCAUCUAUGAGGAACCAGUGACUCCAGGACAGUGUAACAUGGUUGUUGAGAAAAUUGGAGACUACCUCGCUGACCAGGGUUAUUGAAUUUCAUUAAUCCCAUAAUUUAUCUUCCUAUAAUUUUUGUAUUUUGGUGAUUGCAUCUUUAUCUUAUAUGGCCAAAUUGUCACUGGAGCUUUUUCCCAAAACGAAUAAGUAGCUACUACUAUUUCCUCUUUGCUAUAAAUUGUGUUAUAAGUAGUAUUUUAGUGAAAACCUGUUUGCGUAUUUUUAGCCUUUUUAUUUGGGACCGCAUCUGUAAUAAAAGAAGAUGUUUAAUUCGAUCUUUUUGUUGAGUAA